CGAGGCACGAGUAGCUGCACUUCUUUGAGUAUUCAAGAAAGUUUUUUGGACAGUACCAACAAUUUGCAUUUGUAUUUAGUUUUCUGCAGUUUAAUUGGAGCUUCAAUAAAGCCCGAGUUUUCACUCGGCGCAGCCAUGUAACUUUAAACUUUUUUAAACUGCAUAUAAUUCACACCUUAAUAGAAAAUUGUUUCAAGGACCAAAAGUUUGCGGUGGAAAAGUUGAAGUAAUCGCUUUAUGAAUAUGACCGAGGAAGGAAAAUCAGAUCAUAGAGGAGAAAGCGGGAAAGAUUUGGAGAAACAGCUACGUUUGAGAGUGUGUGUUUUAAACGAACUUCUAAAGACGGAAAGGGAUUAUGUUGGAACGUUGGAGUUUCUGUCGGUGUUUCUUCAUCGGCUCAAUCAGUAUGCAGCCACAAAAAUUGAUAAGAAUAUUACAGAAGAGACUGUCAAGGUGCUGUUUUCGAACAUUGAGGAGAUCCUGUCUGUGCACAGGGACUUCCUGUCCAUGGUGGAGGGGCUGCUCCAGCCAGACCCCCACGCACACCACGAAAUCGGCCGCUGUUUCCUGCACUUUAGGGACCGGUUUCAGACCUACGAUGAGUACUGUGGGAACCACGAGAAGGCUCAGAGGCUGCUGCUGGAGCUGAACAAGAUCAGGACUGUGAGGACCUGUUUACUGAACUGCAUGCUGCUAGGAGGACGGAAAAACACGGAAGUGCCACUUGAAGGCUAUCUGGUCGCCCCCAUUCAAAGGAUCUGCAAGUAUCCACUCCUCCUCAGAGAGUUGGUGAAGAGAACCCCAAAGAAGCACAAUGACUACUCUCAGGUCUUGGAGUCUCUCCAGCUAAUGAAGGCCGUUUGCUCGAACAUCAACGAAGCCAAGAGGCAGAUGGAGAAGCUGGAGGUGCUGGAGGAGUGGCAGUCGCAUAUUGAAGGAUGGGAGGGCUCCAACAUCACAGACUCCUGUACAGAGAUGCUUAUGCAUGGCAUCUUACUGAAAAUAUCAGCUGGGAACAUCCAAGAGCGGAUCUUCUUCCUCUUUGAUAAUCUCCUGGUGUACUGCAAGAAGAAAACAAGACGUUUAAAAAACAGCAAGGCUGCCACAGAAGGUCCCCGGUACUUGUUCCGAGGUCGGAUAAACACAGAGGUCAUGGAGGUGGAGAAUGUGGACGACGGUACAGCGGACUACCACAGCAGUGGUAAUAUAGUGAACAACGGCUGGAAGAUACAUAACACGGCAAAGAACAAGUGGUUUGUCUGCAUGGCCAAGACACCGGAGGAGAAGCAGGAGUGGCUGGAAGCCAUCUUGAAGGAGCGGGAAAGGAGGAAAACCCUGAGACUGGGGAUGGAGCAGGACACCUGGGUGAUGGUGUCGGAAAAAGGAGAGAAACUCUACAAUCUGAUGAGUCAGCAGGGGCAUCUCAUCAAGGACAGGAAACGCAAGCUCACCACCUUCCCCAAGUGCUUCCUCGGAAGUGAGUUUGUGUCUUGGCUCAUGGAAAUCGGAGAAACUGACAACCCGGAGGAAGGGGUUCAUUUGGGCCAAGCUCUGGUAGAGAAUGGCAUCAUCCACCAUGUUACAGACAAGCACCAGUUUAAGCCAGAGCCAGUGCUGUACAGGUUCCGUUAUGACGAUGGCACCUACCACCCCAGAAGUGAUAUGCAAGAUGUCAUAUCCAAGGGUGUCAGGCUGUUCUGUCGACUUCAUAGUUUAUUUACUCCAGUGAUCAGGGAUAAAGACUACCAUCUCAGAACUUACAAAUCUGUGGUGAUGGCGAACAAGUUGAUAGACUGGCUCAUCGCACAGGGCGAUUGCAGGACAAGAGAGGAGGCCCUGAUCUUGGGGGUCGAACUCUGUGACAAUGGAUUCAUGCACCAUGUGCUGGAAAAGAGCGAAUUCAAGGACGAGCCUCUAUUGUUCCGCUUCUUUGCUGAUGAGGAGAUGGAGGGAUCAAACACCAAGCACAAGCCCAUGAAGCAUGAUCUCAAGAUAGUGGAGAACGUCAUCGCUAAGACCCUGCUGAUUAGACCGAGCGUUGGGGGCUACGGCUUUACUCUCGAAGACCGCAACCGGGUCCCCAUCAUCAAGUCUGUGGAGAAAGGGUCGUACGCCGAGAUGGCUGGUUUGGAGGUGGGCAGGAAACUGUUUGCCAUCAACGGGGACCUGCUCUUCCUCAGGCCCUUCCAGGAAGUGGAGUGUUUCCUCAGGCAGUGCUUCAACAGCGGGGGGCCGCUCAGGGUCCUGGUCAGCACCAAGCCCCGAGAGACAGUGAAAAUUCCCGACUCGGCAGAUGGCCUGGGCUUCCAGAUCAGAGGGUUUGGCCCGUCUGUGGUCCACGCGGUUGGCAGAGGCACAGUGGCGGCCAUUGCUGGACUCCACCCAGGACAGUGCAUUAUCAAGGUCAACGGGAUAAACGUCAGCAAGGAGAGCCACGCCAGUGUCAUCGCCCAUGUCACGGCGUGUCGGAAAUACCGCCGGCCCACGCAGCAAGACUCUAUAAAGUGGGUGUACAACAAUAGCGAGAGCGCUCAGGAAGACCACCAGAAAGCCAACCGGAAACCUUCUGUGGAGGAGAACGGAGACGGUUUCGAGUGCAAAGUGGAAGAGGUCAUGGACAAGUUUAACACCAUCGCCAUCAUAGACGGGAAGAAGGACCACGUGAGCCUGACUGUGGAUAAUGUCCACCUGGAGUAUGGCGUGGUGUACGAGUAUGACAGUACAGCUGGGAUUAAGUGCCAUGUUCUGGAGAAGAUGGUUGAGCCCAAAAGCUUCUUCAGUCUGACAGCCAAGGUCCUGGAAGCGCUGGCGAGGAAUGACGACCAGCUUGUGCAGACGUGUGCCAGAUUGAGCUCCAGCACUGACGUCAUCCCCGAGGACCUGCAGGCCAAAUUCACCGCCAUGUGCGGAGAGAGGCUGGAGCACAUCAACCGUCGCAUCACCAACUACAGGAAGUUCUCUCGAGUGCUGAAGAACAGGGCCUGGCCCACAUUCAAGCAGGCCAAGACCAAGGUGUCCCCACUCCACAGCAGCGACUUCUGCCCCACCAACUGCCACAUCAACGUGAUGGAGGUGUCCUACCCCAAAACCACAACCUCACUGGGAAGCGCUUUUGGUGUUCAGCUGGACAACAGGAAGAACUCCACCCUGGAGAAGGGUGGCAGGAACGCAGAGCAGGGCAAGUUGAACCCGAUGGUGUAUGUCCAGCACACCAUCACCAGCAUGGCGGCUCCAUCUGGCCACAGCCUGGGCAGGACGGAGGGCCACGGACUGCGCUUCCUGCUGCGGGAAGAUGACCUGCUCACCCUGGACGCCUACCAGAAGCUCCUCAGCAAGCUGACCACCGUGGUCAAGGAGAUGGAGUGCUACGCUGCUCAGAUCCACGACCUGCUGUCCUCCAUUACCCAUCCUCCAGCAUCUGACGGCAAGACGGCGGAGAGCUACAUCUCCACCGACACCGAGAGCGAGAGGGGGGAGCGCAACGGCAAGAAGGUCUGCUUCAACGUGGCGGGAGAUGAGCAGGAGGACUCCGGCCACGACACCAUCAGCAACAGAGACUCCUACAGUGACUGUAACAGCAACAGAAACUCCAUCGCCUCAUUCACCAGCAUCUGCAGCAGCCACUGCAGCUCCUAUGUGCACAGUGACGAGAUGGACUCAGGAGAUGAAAUGCCAGUCAGCGUAUGGAUUUCACAUGAUAAGCAAAAGAAAUUGCAUGGCUUUCUGGAACACCUCUUUAGCCAGGUGGAGUCUAUCACCAGUCUGCUGAAGGGCGCGGUCGUGUCUCGAGCCUUCGAGCAGACAAAGUGCUUCUCACCGGGGCGGGGCCUACAAGAGUUCCAGCAGGAAAUGGAGCCCAGGGUCAACUGCACCAAGAAGCUGCGGCUCCACGUCAAGCAGGACCCAUGGAACCUGCCCAGCAGCGUGCAGGCCCUGACGCAGACCAUCGCCAAGUUUGUCGAAGAGGUGAAGGCACGGCUGCUGUUGGUUCUGCUUCAGUACACUGACUCGGAGAUCCAGCUCAGACGGGACAUGGUGUUCUGCCAGAGCCUGGUCGCCGCUGUCUGCGCCUUCUCCGAACACCUGCUGGCCGUCCUCAACCAGACGCCCAGCGGCGGGAAGGAGUGCGAGACGGAGGCCCAGGAGGCAGGCCGUCGCUGGCUGGAGCAGAUCGCCAGCGCUGGCCUGCUCUUCCAUUUCCAGUCCCUGCUCUCGCCAAACCUGACGGACGAGCAGGCCAUGCUGGAGGACACACAGGUGGCGCUCAUAGACCUGGAGAAGGUCACCUUCUACUUCCGGCAGUUUGAAGGAGAGCCACUCGUCGCAAACAUGCCCAUUUCGUACCAGGUGGAGGGCACUCGGCAGGCCCUGAAGGUCUGCUUCCACCUGGAGAGCUUCUACUUCGACCUGCUGCCCCUGAGGCUGAGGAACGGAGGGGGCUUCAAGAUUUACCCCGUGCUCUUCACACAGGCCCUUGAGAGCAUGGAAGGUUACUACUACAGGGAUAAUGUUUCAGUGGAGGAGUUCCAGGCUCAAAUCAACGCUGCUUCUCUGGAGAAGGUCAAGCAGUACUAUAAGAGACUGAGGGGCUUUUAUCUGGACAAAUCCAACCUGCCUCCCAGCUCUGCUCCCAAAGCUGCCUUAAUAGACAAGCUGAUGCGGCCGCUGAACGCUCUGGAGGAGCUGUACCGGCUGAUGGAGAGCUUCAUCAGCUCGCGCCGCACGGCGGCCUGCCAGUUCACCGCCUGCGGGGCCUCCGGGGUGGGGCUGCUGUCCGUGGCCUCGGAGCUGUGCAGCCGGCUGGGCGCCUGUCACAUCGUCAUGUGCAACAGCGGCGUGCACCGCUGCACCCUCAGCGUGACCCUGGAACAGGCCAUCCUUCUGGGCCGGAGCCACGGCCUGCCUCCACGCUGCAUCAUGCAGGCCACAGACGUCAUGAGGAAGCAGGGAGCAAGAGUUCAAAAUUCGGCAAAGAACUUGGGGGUGAGAGACCGCACUCCAUCAUCUGUCCCAAGGUUAUACAAGUUGUGCCAGCCGCCACCCCCAGAUGGUGAUCCGUGAGGACGGACUUCCAGUAUUGUAAUAGAACGGUUCUGAUCCAGCUCUGGACCUGUGCUAAAAAUAAACAAGCAACAACAAAAAACUGUCACAGCUCCUGGUGGAAAAGGCCUGGAAAAGGCAUCACUCAGUAGCCUGCCCAAAGGCUCCCACUCACCGGUCAAUCGUGACUCCUGCUAAAUGGAUUUCCUUGUCUUGUAAAUAGUGAAUUUCUAUGUAACUGCUCCUAUUGUAUUUUAAAGCAUGUUAAAGCAUUUGUGUGUUUUUUUUAUUGUAACAACCUGCUACAUUACAUCUCAUUUUAAUUUUAAUAAGUAGAAAGUGUAAACCCUCAACCCUGUGCCUAAGGCCAUUUCUUGUAAUGGUUCUAAAAAUGGAACUUAUCCCUGCAAUUCCAUUAACCAGUAUACUGUAAAUAACUAUUUUGGUCUGAAAGUUGCAUUUCUUUGUUGUUUACUGCUGUUGUUACAAUGUUAUGAAAUUGUUCAUUCUAAAGCCGAUACAAAACUGUUCCAGAUACAGUCUAACAUGCUGUUACAUGGACAGUACAGUGGUUUGUAGCAUGAUCAGGUAUAAAUGCUGCCCCCUGUUGGUAAGUUGAAACAUGUUCAUCAUUCUACAUUCCUUUCUCAAGUAGUCUUCUAAUUGGCAUCUGUUCAUUGUAAUCAUACCGUUUUCCUCAGGUUUUUACUUUGUUGAACAGUAAGAUUUGAUUUGAUAUUUUAGCUGAUCAAUAAGCUAAUAUCCAUGAUGAAAGCAGACAGAUUAAUGUGUAGAUGGCACAUAAUUGGAAGAUUACAUUCAGAUGUAUGUAGUUUACAUUCGAAAACUAGACCACAUCGUCAAGUUAUAAGUGCUGUUUCAUGUACUUCUGACAAAGUAUUACUGCCCUCAUGACAGUAUGGUUCACAUACAGCUAUGAUCAGCACCUAUGUGAGAGGAACGUAUACUGAAAGUUGUAUUUUAUGACUUAAGCGUCUACAACAUUAUACCUUUCUACUUCACCAUAAGGUAGUCUAUUACAUUUUUAUAUCUCAUACUCAGGACCAAAAGGGCUUUUGUUCUAUUUAAAAGCUUCAAGUUGCAAAACAAUUGUGCCAGUUGCAUUGUAGGUUUUGUCAUCACUAUGCAAGUAGAAAAAAAGGAAAUAUUAAACUACAUUGACACAGUAACAUGUUAUAUGUCCCCAUGAAUCUCUAGUUAUGUACUGUAAACAGCAAUAAUAUUCAAUAAGUACUUUUUAAUGUUGUGUAAUGGAUAUCUUUGACGUAGCAGCUUCUAAUGUGUGUUAUACUGCCAACACUUUAAUACAGAGAAGUGUACAAAAAGUGACUGUAAAAACCUGUUAGCAGUCUUUGAGUGAAAAUGACAGUAAUUUAUUUUAUUUUAUAAAACUGACCUUUCAUAGGGUAUGCAAUAUCUACAGUAUACAUUAUAUUUCAUGUUAAACCAGUGUUUGUUUUUCAAUACUUUUUUAAUAUACAAUGUCAUACCAUAGUUAUUAAUUUCAAAUAAACACAUACAAAAAUGUG